AUGUCUUUCGUCUCCCAGUUCAACGGGACUCUUCCCUCCUCAGAUGAGUGGUCCGGCUAUCUCGCCCAGGCUCAGACUGCCAUCCAGGAGCACUCCCGCCUCAUCACCCUCCUCCUCAUCAACUCCCCACUCAUUCUCAUCGUCCUUAAUGUCCUCCGCCAACUCAUCAUCCCCAAGCGCGCCUCAGACCCUCCUACAGUCUUCCACUGGCUGCCCUUCAUUGGCUCAGCCAUCUCAUAUGGAAACGAUCCUCUCAACUUUUUCUUCGAGUGCCAAAAGAAGUACGGCGACGUGUUCACAUUCAUCCUGCUCGGUCGUCGCGUCACGGUAGCCCUGGGACCUAAAGGAAACAACUUCAUUCUUGGCGGAAAAUCAACGGUAUUCAACGCCGAGGACGCAUAUACGCACUUGACCACUCCCAUUUUCGGCAAAGAGGUCGUUUAUGACGUCCCCAAUGAGAUUUUCAUGGAACAGAAGCGUUUCGUCAAGGUCGGACUCUCAACCGACAACUUGCGCGCCUACGUCGGCAUGAUCGAGGACGAAAUUGACGAGUACCUCCGCCACGACCCCCACUUCAAGGUCUACCAGAGCAACGACAUUAACGAAUGGGGCAGCUUCGAUGCAGUCAAGGUCAUGCAGGAAAUUACCAUCCUCACCGCGUCGCGCACUCUACAAGGCAAAGAAGUCCGUGAGAACUUGAACAAGACUUUCGCCGACCUGUACAACGACCUUGACGGAGGCUUCACCCCCAUCAACUUCCUCUUCCCCAACCUGCCCUUGCCCAGCUACCGCCGCCGUGACAUUGCGCACAAGAAGAUCUCCCAGUUCUACGUCGACAUCAUCCAGGCGCGCCGAAGCGGAAAGACUCAGGACCACGAACACGAUAUGAUUGCCGCCCUCAUGCAGCAAAAGUACCGCAACGGCCGAUACCUCAACGACAAGGAAAUCGCGCACAUGAUGAUCGCACUCCUCAUGGCAGGCCAACACACCAGCUCCGCCACUGGCUCCUGGGCUCUUCUCCAUAUCGCUGCCAACCCCGACGUUGCUGAGGCUCUCUAUGAGGAACAAAUCAAGAACUUCAGCACUCCUGACGGCAAACUGCGCUCUGCGACAUACGAAGAAUUGCGCGCGCUCCCCGUGCUCGACUCCGUCAUCCGCGAAACUCUGCGCGUGCACCCUCCAAUCCACAGUAUCAUGCGCUACGUUCGCGACGAUGUCCCCGUGCCACCCACCCUGUCAGCACCAUCGAAGGACGGCGUGUACAUCGUACCUAAAGGAAACUACGUGCUCGCUUCGCCCGCCAUCAGCCAAUCGGACCCCACCGUGUGGAAGAAUGCGGACAAGUGGAUUCCGUCGCGCUGGAACGAUGCGGAGGGCGUUGCUGCCCAGGCGUUCAAGAUGUACACGGAUGAGGGCGGAGAGAAGAUUGAUUAUGGGUUUGGCGCGGUUAGUAAAGGCACUGAGAGUCCUUAUCAGCCGUUCGGCGCUGGCAAGCACAGAUGUAUCGGUGAACAGUUUGCUUACCUACAACUUGGAACUCUUAUUGUAACGAUGAUCCGUAACCUCGAGCUCAAGAUUGACGAAGUCCCAGAACACAACUACCACACGAUGAUCACGAUGCCCAAGACGCCACGGACAAUCUCCUACCGCAGGAGAAAGUUCGACUAA